AAUCAUGAAAGGAUGAGACUAUCAGAAAAUGGUUUAACUCUGACAAUCAGAGAUCUAACAGAGAGUGAUGGAAAACAUUACUGCUGCAGUGAAUCUACUCCAGAUAAAACAGACAGCUGCCCACACAACAGUAUUCAGCUCCAGGUUGCAGAUCUUCAGGUAAAGGUGUUUCCUGCCACAGAGGGACAGAAAGUAACUCUGAUGUGCACAACCAGCUGUCUUCUGACUGAAAGCCCUGCAGCCUUCAUCUGGUACAAGAACAGAAAGUUCCUCUAUGAGGACUGGUCCCCCUGGUACCAAGAGCUGGUCAGCAGUGAUCAGGCAGUCAGAUACUCCUGUGCUAUCAAAGGCUACGAGGACCUCAGAGCUCCUGAGGUCUCAGUGGAUUCUGUCACAUGGAACUGCUUCAGUGUGACCUACGCUGAAGGCAGAAUGUGUUCCUACAAACAGACAUCAGAGAAACAGUCCUGCUCCAUCACAUUUCCCACAGAACUUCAAGUUGAAAGGACAGAAGCACAGAAAGACAAUUUUAGACUAACGUGUAACUCCAACUGUUCUCUUACUGACCUUCAACCUUCCUUUCAGUUGUAUAAAAACACACAACGUGGUUUACAGAAAGUUGAUCAGAAAGCUUUUGUUACCAGAACAUCAUCAGAGAGCUUUUUCUGUUCUGUGGAGGAUCUUAAGGAUCUGCUCUCUAAUGAAGUUUGUGUUGAUGGUAACGACUGCUCUAGUGUGAAUUAUGUGAGCAGGAGAAUCUGUGGCCUGAAGGGUUCAUCAGUGAACAUCUCCAGCAUUUACUCACUUCCUGGAAACCUACAGCCACAGACUAAACUCUGGUUUAAAGAGAAGAUAAAUAUGAAGCAGGAAACAGAACAGCUGAUGGAGGAUAAAGAUGAUGUGAAGAAUCUGGACAACAUGAAGAACCAACACAUCCUCAGAUUAGACAACCUGGAUGAGAAGGACAUAGGAGAAUAUAAAUUCAGAAUGAAAUCACAGAAUGAUGAACUGAUAAAGUCUGAUUAUCCAGGAGUUACUCUGGUUGUCACAGAGCUCCUAGUGGAUCUGAGACCUGCUGCAGAGGUGACUGAGGGUCAGAGAGUCACCUUAACCUGCAGGACCAGCUGUCCUCUUAGUGAAAACACAAACUACACUUGGUACUUGAACAGUCAGCAUCUGAGUCUCACAGAAACACAAAGCAAACAGCUCAUUAUAGAUGCAUUUAGCCGCCAGGAUGAAGGAAACUACUCCUGUGGAGUUGAAAUGAUCAGAUCAGCUGUAAAGACUCUGACUGUCCAACGAAGAACAGUAAACUGGAAACCAGCAGCUGCAGGACUUUCUGCCGCUCUCUUGGUUCUGGUAUCUCUCAGUGUUUUCUUGUAUAGAAGCUGGAAAUAUAAGAUUUCCAGUCAGCCUCCUAGACAUGAGAUAGUUAACUACCCGGAGGAGGAAACAUCUUGGGUUAUUUAUGAAAACUGUGGAGCAGAGCCUGAACUUCACUUUCCUUUCCCAAAGAUGAGAUCCUUUCCACUCCAGCAUCCAACCAUUUCAGUAGCGAGAAGAGGACCACGUUCUCCACAUCACAGUCAACCUUCAACCUAAGACCGCUCCAUACUAAAAGCUAUCUUGUG